AUGAACAAUAGCGAAAGUACUUCUAAUCUCAAAAAUGCUGAAAACAAUGACGAUGCUCAUCAAAACCUUUCGAAUUCUCAAUCGACCCAACGCCUUUCAAUCUCAACACUUUCAAUUAACUUUUCACAAUCAGCUUCGACUAGACUAAAACAAAUAAAUAAAAACACCAAAAAUUGGCGAAUAACAAUGCUUCCUGCCCUUUUAUGUUUUUAUUCUCUUGUGAAGGAAAUUAAAGUUGGAGAACCUUAUCUUUUUAAAUAUCAAACUGAAUAUUUGAAUUUGACUGCUGAUCAAAUCACUGGAGUAAUUUAUCCAUAUACACCUUAUGCAUAUAUGACUGCUCUUGUACCUAUUUUCCUUUUUACUGAUUUGUUUUUAUACAAACCAACCAUGUUUGUUGAAAUUAUUGGACAAAUUGUUUUUCGAUCUACUCUUGUUUUUGGUGGUUCCGUUAUCUCACAAAUUAUUGGACAAAUUUCAUACGGGAUAGCUUCUGCUUCAGAAAUUGCCUUCUUUUCCUAUAUUUAUGCUCGUUUAGAGAAAGAACAAUUUAGAAGUUUAACAAGUUGGACAAGAGCGGGUACAAUGGCAGGACGUACAACAGGCUAUUUAUUUGCCCAAUUUUUGGUAUUAUCCCAUCUAAGUGAUCUUCGGACUUUAAAUAUAAUUGCUCUUAUAAUGCCUUGUUUUGUGCUAAUUAUUUGUUUUAUACUUCCAAGAGUGCAUUGGAAGGUUAUGGUUACGCGAAUGCUUGAGGCUAAAUCCAAUAAAAUUGCCAAUAUUGAUUCUUCCGAGAAGAAGGACAUUCCAUUAAAUUACGGACAAUAUUUACAAUUUCGAACUCGAAGAUUACAUUCAGAAUUUAUUAAAAUCUACAGUGUUGGUCACAUCAGAAAAUGGUCUGUUUGGUGGGCAAUGACUACAUGUAUGAGUUUACAGGUUGCCCUCUUUUCACAGACAUUGUGGGGUGAAGUUCAAAAAGGUGAAAAUGGUCAAAGUCCGUUUAAUGGAUUUGCUGAGGCGAGCUAUACUGCUACAGCAACUUUGGCAAUUUUGGCAUUGAAUGCAUUUCCAUUGGAUUGGGAUAAAUGGGGAGAAAUCGCUCUCGUAUUAAUCUCUUCAAUUGAUGCCAUCAUGCUUAUUAUUUAUGCGAAUACUGAGUCUAUUUGGACAAUGUAUUUGUGUUAUAUUGGUUAUAGAUCUUUAUAUCAAGUUAUGAUUACUAUUGCCCAAUGGAAUAUAGCAAAAAAGAUGUUAUGUGAAAGCUAUGGACUUGUUUUUGGUGUAAAUUCAUUUAUUGCCCUCUGUCUUCAAUCUUUGCUUACUGUUGUAGUUACAGAUGAAAGAGGGCUUGGUUUGAAAGUUCGCCAACAAUAUUUAAUUUAUGGUUUUAUGCAUUUUGUCAUUGCUUUGAUUUUUCUUUUGUCUGUGAUUUUUACUGUUGCUGGUUAUUUUUAUGGAAAGUGUGUUAAAAGGACAAGGUAUAGUUUUGGAUUUUUAUGA